AUGGAAGAAAAUUUUUUGGAAAAAAUUUUAAAAAUGCAUUCGAUGGGAUUACAUUCGGCUUUGGCCAUAAAAAGGCAAAGGAAAAGAAGAGCGGAUAUGAAAAAGGCAAAGGGUCGUCGUUAUAGCAUUCAAAGCACCGAAUCCGGUUUGGGCGGAUCCCAAAGUUCUUUUGCAAGUCCACGUAACAGUUUAGACGGAACGGAAAGGUCAAAGAAAAAAACAAUGAAAAGCAAAGUGACCAGCUUUGAAAGCAACGUAGGAAUCGGAAUGCUUCAAAUCGGUGUCGUUUUUAUCGUUUUGGGUGUUUUCCUAUUGGGUUCUACACUAAUACCGGAUGAUUUCGACGAUUGGUCAUGGCAAAACAUAUUCACUAAAAAGGCAUGGUGGAACGAAUUAGUUAUAACGGGUGCCUUCGCAUUGUUGCUAGGCACAUUCCUAAUAGUUUUAGAUAGAUUUAUUUCUAAAAAAGAAGAAGAAGAAAUUAACGAAUACGUACAGGGACAAUUGACGAGAUCCCGAUCGGGACACAGAUUGGUAAGAGAUGUCGAAACGGGUAAUUUGAUACCUAGGAGAACGAAAACUCUAACGGCAAUAUCCGACAAUUUGCAACAAGGAGAAUUUGACGACGUGCCCGCGGCCGUUCAUUCGCCAAAAUUGAAAAGUCCACCGCCGAACGGUAAUCAGGUAUUCAUGAACGGAGAAACGGGUAUGUUGAGUCCUCAAUUGGAAAAAAUAUUAGAAGAAGACAUAUCACCGUUAAUGGACCACGAUAAGUUGCCUAAUAUGAACGUUACGAUGGAUGAAUACGACAUUGGAACCGUGAACACGAGUCCGGCUUCAAUAUUCGAAGCUCACGAAACUCAGGAAUUAAUAAAGACACCCAUGAGCAAAUACCAUCAAAUAAGAAGAACAAAAAUAUAG